AUGGCCAAUGCCAAUGGCACCAAGCAGACUGGCGAGAGACGGAGCCUCUGUUCAACGAUGAGCAAUGACCAAGAGGGCCCCCAUCGCUCUCAAUCGAGUCAGGACGAGCAACACCCUAUCACACAAGUCUGGAACAAGCACACAGACGCGAUACCACCCGAUUCUUGCCAGUUCGAUCGGCACGAGUGGGCCAAACGAAAUAUUCGCAUCCUCGAUUCUAUGGCCGGUGAAGCUCGGCAGCGUGGAGUUCUGUUCGAGGAUAUCUCAAUUCAGGCGUCCGGCUCGCCUCUCCAGAUUCAGCCGACAGUUCUGUCGGCCUUGAUACGUCCUGUCGCAUCUGUUGUGAACCUCCUUUUCCAUAAGGAAAGUCAUCAACAUCGAACCAAGAUCCUGCACAAAUUCGAUGGGCUUGUGCGCAGCGGCGAGCUGCUUUUGGUCCUGGGUCGCCCGGGAAGUGGAUGUUCAACCUUUCUGAAGGCAAUAUGUGGCUAUCUUGACGGCUUGCAUCUAGAUCCAGCCAGCAAGAUCCAAUAUAGAGGGGUUUCGUUUGCGAGGAUGAUGAACGAAUAUCGCGGCGAGGUUGUAUACAACCAAGAAGAAGAUCAUCAUUUCCCGCAUUUGACGGUUGGUGAAACCCUCGAGUUUGCUGCGUAUGCACGCGCACCUCACAUUCGGCUGGGUAACUUGAGUCGCGAGGAGUAUGCCAAGAUUGUGGUGCAGGUUGUCAUGGCCUUGUUUGAGCUUUCCCAUGCUCAUAACACACAAGUGGGCAACGAAUACGUUCGCGGGGUCAGUGGAGGAGAAAGGAAGCGAGUGAGCAUAGCCGAAAUGACAUUAGCGAGAGCUGCUAUUGGUGCCUGGGAUAAUAGCACACGAGGUCUUGAUGCGAAUAGUGCUCUUGCCUUUGUCCAGACUCUUCGCCUAUCUGCCAAUCUCACGAAAACAUGUCAUGCCGCCGCAGUGUACCAGGCUUCAGAGCCAAUCUACAAUACCUUUGACAAUGUCACUGUUCUCUAUGAAGGACGGCAAGUAUACUUUGGUCCCUGUCGGCACGCCGUGGCAUACUUUGAAAAGAUGGGAUGGAAACGUCAUCCCCGACAGGCCAGCGCGGAUUUCCUCACUGCCAUCACCAACCCAGGUGAGCGUGAGGCCAAACCUGGUAUGGCAGAGAAGGUCCCACGGACUUCGGAGGACUUCGAAGCAUACUGGAAACAGAGCCCAGAGUAUGUCGAGCUUCGGGAGAUGAUGAGAAAUUACGCACAGAGUUUCCCUCUCGAUGGAACAGAAGAGACAAAAUUGAACCACGCAAAACGUACCGAGCAGGCCAACCAUGUUCGACCAUCCAGCACUUUCCUUCUUUCUGUGGCUAUGCAAGUACGAUUAUGCCUCGUCAGAGCGUAUCGACGAAGCUUGAAUGACCGUGCGGGUAUCAUUGCGACUGCAGUGGUACAAAUUGUGCUAGCCGUCCUAAUCGGCUCCCUCUUCUAUGACAUCCCUGCCAGUUCUGCGGGACUGGCCCAGAGGGCAUCGGUCAUCUUUCUGGCAGUCCUAACAAACAACUUGAUCGCUUUGCUGGAGAUAAAUGUCCUGUACAGUCAAAGACCAAUUGUGGAAAAACACGCUCGCUACACAUUUGUUCACCCCUUCGCCGAGGCCCUUGCUGGAGUCAUCAUGGAUCUCCCCAUCAAGGGAAUGUCCGGCGCAGGAAAAACCACACUUUUAAACGUCUUAUCUCAGCGAAUGACUUGCGGCGUUGUGGCCGGGGAGAUGCUGGUCAAUGGCAGUGGCCUCAAUACCAGCAUCUGCCGUAAGACCGGAUACGUCGAGCAGAAUGAUCUCCACUGUGAAACCUCUACAAUCCGGGAGGCUCUUCGUUUUAGUGCAGCAUUGCGGCAACCCCCGUCCGUCUCCAUGGAAGAGAAGUAUGCAUUUGUUGAGGAAGUGAUUCAGAUGUUGGGAAUGGAGGAUUUCGCCGAAGCCAUCAUUGGAAAUCCUGACGGCGGGUUGAAUAUCGAGCAGAGAAAGCUUCUUACUAUCGGUGUCGAGCUGGCUGCAAAGCCCGAAGUCUUGAUCUUCUUAGAUGAGCCUACUAGUGGAUUGGACUCGCAAAGCUCCUGGGCAAUUUGUGCGUUUUUGAGGAAGCUGGCGGAUCAUGGACAAGCCGUGCUUGCGACUAUUCAUCAGCCGAGCGCCGUUAUAUUUGAACAAUUCGAUCGCCUCCUCUUACUGGCGAAAGGUGGUAAGACCGUGUAUUUUGGAGAUAUUGGGAGUCAUUCUCGGACUCUUCUGGAUUAUUUGCAAACAAACGGCGCACGUCCGUGUGAACCCACUGAGAAUCCGGCCGAAUACAUGCUUCAAGUGGUCAGUGAAGGCUCGCAAGGGAGUUCCCAGUCCAUCGAUUGGGUGGAUAUUUGGAACCGGAGCCCUCAAAAUCAGGAGGUUCUUGAUCAGCUGCAUCAUAUAUCUUCGAGUCCCUUUCAGGCCCCAAACAUCGACACAUAUAGCAAGCUUGAAUUCGCGAUGCCAAUUAGCGCUCAGCUAUACCUCGUCAUGAGGCGUGACUUUCAGCAAUACUAUCGCCAGCCGGAAUAUAUCAUGGCUAAGCUUGCUUUGGGUGUUAUAUCCGGUCUCUUCGUCGGCUUCUCGUUCUGGAUGUCCGAUAACUCUAACCAGGGCUUUCAAAAUACUUUGUUUAGCUUAUUCCUUCUAUGCACCAUCUUCUCCACUAUGGUAAACCAAAUUAUGCCAAAGUUUAUCAGCAGGCGGGCGCUGUAUGAGUUACGCGAGCGACCCUCUAGGACGUAUUCUUGGAAGGUAUUUAUUCUUUCACAAGUCAUAGUUGAGCUUCCCUGGCAGGCCUUGCUUGGAAUCUGCACCUGGGCCUCUUUCUACUUCUCUGUUUAUGGUUGGAAGCAAGACCCACAGCGCCAGGGCCUGGUGUUUCUUUUUGUGUUGCAAUUCUUCCUCUUUGCCUCCAGUUUCGCCCAUUUAAUAGCCUCUGCGGUACCCAGUCCGGUUCUGGGCAGUAUGCUAGCUCUCUUCAUGUUUGUCCUGUCGUUAUUGUCGAACGGUGUGAUGCAAGCACCAAGCGCUUUACCCCCUUUCUGGAACUAUAUGCACAAAGUCUCUCCUUUGACCUAUUAUGUGGGUGGCAUUAGUGCGACUGCACUACAUGGUCGUCCAAUUCAUUGCUCCGACCAAGAGAUGGUCAGCUUUGAUGCCCCAGCGGGGCAAACGUGCGGCCAGUAUCUUGAACGGUUUCUGGAAAUAGCACCCGGGAAGCUCUACAAUUGGAAUUCUACUGGGCAGUGUCAGUACUGUCCCCUCCGAUCGGCCGAUCAAUAUCUUGCCAACCGCGACAUUUCCUGGGAGCUCCGGUGGCGAGAUUAUGGGAUUCUUUGGGCAUACUUUGCCUUCAAUAUCCUCGGCGCCAUCUUCCUCUACUAUCUCUUCCGAGUCUUGCCAUAUUUACGAAAAAAUAAGGGCAAAAAGACAAAUCCUCAACAUCUCAUGACUGAUAAGAAGUGA